AUGGAUAACAACUUUCAACAGGCAGCCCAAUAUGGUGGCAAUAUCACAACCAACGAUGAUAAUACUAUCACGCGCAGCAAUCUGCGCAACUGUGCCGUUACUAGCUCCUACGUGAAGCGUAGCACCUUUGACGACUGCGUCUUGGUGCAGGUGGGCUCAGCAUCUCGCGCAACAGGGAAGAAGUCUCACUUCCACAGCGUGACUUCGGUUAAGCGCAGUGAGGUGACAGAAAGUACGCUUCUUGAAAAGAGUUCCGCACAUCGAAGUACCAUCAAAACUUCCACGGUCCGAGAUGCGAGUACCAUCACGACUAGUACUGUGACGGGAUCAACCAUCUCGCACAGUCAACUCAGAAGGGCUAAAGUCAAGAAUUGUGAUGUGGAGGAUUGUAUAAUUUCUCGGUCCUCUUUCGAGGGCAUGGUUCUUAAAUAUGGAGUGUGGAAAAGGGGUCAGCUUAUCGGGAAGGUUGGAGAUAAAGAACCCGUCGCGAUUCGAAAAGAUGAUCCACGUCUGACUGUGGGUAUUACCUGUUUAUAUGUCAUUUCUCUAAGUGGUGCUAACGUUUGCCGUCUACAGUCGAGUCGUGAUGCCGGGCCAUCUUCAAACAUCACUGCUAUACCGGAGCUCGAUUCUAAAUCAAAGGGCCCGCUACCAGUUCACGAUUUGGAUCGAAUCGAUUCAGCCGAGAGCGCUGAGAGCGAGGAUUCCGAUCUCUCGGAAGAUCUCCCUCCUCCGUAUAAAGUUUGA